AUGUUUCUGACAAACUUGUUGCCUACACUUGCUGUGAGCGAAGUAGCCGCCGCUCCGUCAUCGUCGUCGUCAAUUGAAUCAGGCCCUUCUCUUACAUGGUCCUCAACUCCUUUCUCAUCUGACAAACCAUUCGUUCAACAAGGCGCCGCCAUCCUCCGCGAUAGCUCCUGCCUCCCCGAUAUCGAACAUGAUUGUGUGUCACCGGGUGCCUUUAGUGUGUGCUGUCCGAGCGCUUUCUCCUACAUGGGAACAUACAAUUUCAGAUGCUGUUCCCCACGGACGAAAUGUGCACCUGAACGACUGUGUGCAAUCUCUUCGUGGGCUUUAUACGAUAACGGAGAGUAUUUCUGCUGCGGGAGUGGCUUGCUGGGAUACAUUAAAAGUGGGUACAGCUUGUGCUCAAACCCAGAAGCUCCGAUGAUAAGUGGAGUGAUACUGCUACCUACACUCACAAUUGAACAAACUGCUGCUCCAUCGUUGUCAUCAUCAUCGUCAAGUAAAUCUGAAGUCUCCUCCGCAUCAUCCUCGAACGCCGCCAUCGUAGGCAGGAUAAUCGGGGAUGUGGUUGGAAUUGCCAUCUUAGCGCGUAUCGCCUGGGUCAUGCUACGUCAACAACGACAGAACAAAGUUGAGAAUGCAUCCUCUCCGGAAGACAUUUCUGGAGACAACGCCACAAAAGACAGAUCCGGUAAAAAUGCUGUUGGAGGCCUACACAUGAAUCACCAGCUUGACGAUUGGACCGCUCUCUACUGUGCAACCGACGAGAGAACAAUGCACUGUGCUCGCAUUAUAGAAAGGCCUGCACAAUCACCACCAAUCAACCUUUGGAGUCAUUCAUGCCCGUUCCUGCGCCUCCAAGGUGGGAUCUCAGGGAGCCAGAGGAUUUUCGUUGCUAAAUGGGCUAGCUCUAGUUACAAUGCCGAAGAUCUCGUCAUUCGCGUGCAUGACGGCCCAUCAACCAAAGAGUACACCAUCGCCCGUCAACUACUUCCCUGGCAUUCCUCAUACUUCACGGCGGCUUUAGACAAGCACAGCUAG